ACAACCGGGACAGACACGGCGCGCUGGCAGUGGGACCGCAAUAGGAACCGGCCUAUUGUAGGCUAUCAUAGCAACUUUAACAAAUCAUACUAACAAAAAUGUUGGAAGCUACUAGAAAAACGACAAUCGCAUUUGUUAAUGCUGAGAUGAAGAUCACUAAAUAUAGAUAUUGAUCAAGUUAUUAGAGCGAAAGUCAACAGUUUUCUUCCAAGGGAAGGAAGUUUGUUGUGACGAAGGAAAUAGAAUAGGAAAGUCGGGAGGGACUGCGGUAACCGGAUAGUGCCCCGGUACCGGAUAGAAAUCAACCAUGGAGGAAUUUGGGUCUGCGUUGGAAAAGAACGUCGCAGAUUUGACGGUCAUGGACGUUUACGAUAUUGCCGCGGUGGUGGGUCAGGAGUUUGAGCGGAUCAUUGACCAGUAUGGCUGCGAGGCUCUGUCAAGGCUCAUGCCGAAAGUGGUGCGGGUCCUGGAGAUACUGGAAGUGAUGGUCAGCCGCAACAACAUAAGCCCGGAGACCGAGGAGCUGAGGCUGGAACUGGACAAACUCCGCUUGGAGAGGAUGGAGCGUCUGGAGAAAGAAAAAAAGCACAAAAAGGAGCUGGAGCUGGUGGAGGAUGUGUGGAGGGGGGAGGCCCAGGACCUUCUGUCCCAGAUCGCUCAGCUGCAGGAGGACAACAAGGCCCUCCUCACCACCCGGUCAAUCAAAGACCCCCUGAGUGAGGAAGACCUCCAGAGGCAUGAAGGCAUGUCGGAGAGAGAGCGGCAGGUGAUGAAGAAGCUCAAGGAGGUGGUGGACAAGCAGAGGGACGAGAUCAGGGCCAAGGACCGAGAGCUCACGCUGAGGAACGAGGACGUGGAAGCUCUCCAGCAGCAGCAGUCCAGGCUGAUGAAGAUCAACCACGACCUCCGCCACAAGAUCUCUGUGGUGGAGGCCCAGGGCAAGGCCCUCAUCGAGCAGAAGGUGGAGCUGGAGGCCGGCGCGCAGACGCGGGGACAGGAAGUGGGCGCGCUGAGACAGGAAGUGACACGUCUGCGGGAGCGCUUGAAGGGCGACGCGCCUGCCCGGGACCCUGAGCUGCCCCCUCCGCAGCCCCCCUCGCCAGCACAGUCUGGUACGGAAGCUCUGCCCGCUGGGGCCGAGAGCUUUGCCUGGCCAGAGAGACACUACCCCCCUGAGCUGCUGUUGGGGGGGUACGAUCCUGAGCCCUGCCCCCCGUCCCUCUCUCCCUACCCUGGGGGCCGUGACGAGGAGGAGGAGGUGGAGGAGGUGGAGGAGGAGGCGGCUUUGUUAUGGGAGGCGAUGUAUGAUGAGGACAUGUCUGCCGUGUUCCAAUAUUUCACCAAGGAGGCGCUGUGUGACGAGGACACCGCAGGGUUGGACACCAAGGACCCCAACCGGCCCAGGUUCACCCUGCAGGAGUUGAGGGAUGUUCUUCACGAGAGGAACGAGCUCAAGUCCAAAGUCUUCAUGCUGCAGGAGGAGAUCGCUUACUACAAAAGUGAGGAGAUGGAAGACGACACUGGAUCUCAGACUUCGUCACCCUCUCCUGAACUGAGGGCUCGGGCCCAUGCACAGCCAGAGUCAGGAAUCAAGCGCCUGUUUAGUUUUUUCUCCCGAGACAAGAGGCGGAACUCUCAGCGGAACGCACAGUAUGACGACAGCUUCGGCUCCUGGGCACGGAAAGAUGAUGUGUACACAGAAGAGGCCCAGGAGGCCUUGCAGCAGAUCUAGUCAUCCUGGACAGCGCUUGAUGAGGUCACUCUAAACACCCUUCCUGUAACAACCCAGCCCAUCCCUUAAGGCACUCUAAUCCCCAGCUUCUGCUUACCUGCUCCAUUCAGCACCCGAGGCAUGGUGAGACGAGGAGAUCAUGUUUUUGGUGAAGGGACUUUGGGGACCUGUGGUCUGAGACAGCUUGAAGGAGACUCUCAUUAAAAAUGCAUUUGAUCUUUAUUUAUCCCAAAGUGGACUGUUUAGAAUAGAGCGAUGGGAACGCAGGCUCCAAACGGCAGGAGAAUCGUAAGUGUGUGAUUGAAUGAGAGGGAGGCUAGCAGACGUGGUGAGGAGAGAAGUUCAGGAAGUGGAAUACAGGAAGUGGAAUACAGAAGGAAGUGGCUCUUCCUGUAGCUUAUUUGAUGAGACAGAUCCUAUAGAGAAGGUUUCAGUGACAGAAAAGACGUGGAUACAUUUUUCACUUUGACAUUUAUAUUGGUAAUAUUGAAAAUGAGUUAUGGAUUGGAUGUAUUACCUGGUCCCACAGACCUUGUGGUAAAAUAUUGACUCCAGGCAGCUCUGGGGAAUUGUUGCUCAACUCCUCCUUCACCAGCAGUGGCAGGUUUUGUUCAGUCGUUUUGGCACUGAUGUGAAGGCUUUUA